GUUUUGUUUAUGUGUCACCUGUCACUUACGAUCACAUUUCUCUAAUUUGCUUUAUUAGUUUUAAUGGGAAAAUGUGCGAUUUAAAUGAUAAUCCAAUUAAAUUAAGUGUUAAAUGGAACGGUAAGGAAUUUGAUAUACCGGAGUUAUCGCCGUCAGACUCUGUUGCGAUGUUGAAAAUCGCAAUUGAAAACGCAACCGGAGUCCGGCCGGAACGACAAAAACUUCUUAACGUUAAAUUCCAAGGCAAAGUGGCAACCGACAACUAUGCAUUGUCAGAGCUGAAUCUCAAGCCGAAUCUCAAGAUUAUGAUGAUGGGCUCCCUGGAGGAGGCAAUAGAAGGUGCCAGAACCAAACCUGAUGUUGGUGAUGAGGUUGUUAAUGAUCUGGAUAUUGAAGAAGAAGAGGUUGAUGUGGAGAAUCAAGAGAUCUACCUAGCGAAAAUAAAUAAAAGGGUGCGAGAUUACAAAAUAAACAUAUUGAAUGAACCCAGAGAGGGCAAAAAGCUACUUGUCCUUGAUAUAGAUUAUACACUGUUUGAUCACAGAUCUGUUGCAGAAACUGGCUACGAACUAAUGCGUCCCUUUCUCCACGAAUUCCUCACAUGGGCGUAUGAACACUACGACAUAGUGAUAUGGUCUGCGACAGGUAUGAAGUGGAUUGAAGAGAAGAUGCGGUUGUUGGGCGUGUCAACGCAUCAGGACUAUAAGAUCAUGUUCUAUCUGGACUAUUUGGCAAUGAUCACGGUACACACAGCUAAAUAUGGGACUAUUGAUGUAAAACCACUCGGAGUUAUAUGGGGCAAAUACCCGCAAUACAGCUCAAAGAACACUAUAAUGUUCGACGAUAUACGACGAAACUUUAUCAUGAACCCAAAAAGUGGGCUCAAAAUUCGACCGUUCAGACAAGCACAUUUAAACAGGGACAAAGAUAGGGAACUACUUCACCUGGCGACCUAUUUAAAGGACAUUGCGAUGUAUUGCGACGAUUUUGACACUUUAAAUCACAAAAAAUGGGAGAAAUACAAGCCUGACAAAAGGUCCCACCAUGCUGGAAGCAAAAGGAAGGCAGAAGAUAGUCCGUCGAAGCCCAAAGAAUGACGGUAGACACGCUUUGAUCUCAUUGUCACAGCUUAGCGAUCAUACAGUUCAGAUGUUUGCAUUUAUUCGUGCAUUUAUAAUUUUUAAAUGUCAGAAAAUGUAUAAUGUUAAAAAUUGCGUUACCGACUAGAUGAAAUUGCAUCACAGAGGUAAAUAAAUGACCAAUCAAUAGGUCGCCCAAAAAUUAUCAAUUCAUUUUCUCAAUUUUAAAAAAUUGGCCUUAUUUGAACCAAACGAUAUUCAGCAUUCUGUAAAGUUACAGCACUAUUUAUAUGUUAUAUGUUAAUGGUAUUUUAAUUUUGACAUCAUGUAUUCAAAAGUUCGUCGUCGAGUUUAAAAUAGCGGAAUCGCACCCCGGAGGUGUUAACAUGCGACCAACAAGAUAAUCUUGUGAAGGGAAAUAGACAAAUUUCGACUAAUGGCGUAGCAACCGGAAUUGUAAUAAUUGCGCCAAACAACUCCGCCGCCAUUGACGUCAUUUUGUACAUUUCUCUACACUUUAACGCAUAUAAUAUAAUAUAGUACCACAGCUAACUAAAACGCGAGUACAAAAGACAUGUGGAAUGAUAUCUCGUCGCUUUUGCAAUUUUUAAUAUUAUGUAAUUUCUCAAAGUAAGUCAUUUAGUGUACAUAAAUACUGGAAUAAGAAUGAAAAUAAUGCGUAACAUUUAUAAUUUCUUUGGGUAGAAGAUCAGAGUUAUAAAACAAUAUGGCGCUAGCGCUCAUUUAAAAACCAUUUCUGAACUGUAUGCUUGCUAAAUAUCUAUUUACACAGUAUAGUGUACUGGGUUGUGAUCUGUCAAAGAAAAUGAAUAUUUAAUUAGAACAAACAAAAUUGAUAAUAAAUCAAUAUUGAUCAGUGAGUUUUAGAGCAAUAAAAUUAAGUAAUGUGCAUUGAUCUUAUAAUAAAAGGACGCACAAUCAUGUAGAAAAUUUCACUUAAAAACUGGCUAAUUUAGUAUUGACAGUUUUAGAAUGAUUGGUAAUGAAAAUAUAUACCUAAAUUGCCUUUAAAUAUAGUCCAAUAUUCAAUAAAAUCCCAAAUUCAGAGCAAAUUCAACCUUAAGGAUUGAGUUUAAGGUUGAAUUUGCAAAUGCGACUACUUGAAAUGAGUGCCAAGAAGUUGUGUUUGGAACUCAUUGAGUGGGGACGUUUUUAGGUCUCUGAUUGUGCAUCCACUUUUUAAUAGGAGAUCGAUGCUAAUGUGAUAUAAUGACAGAUCGUGGUUAUUCGCUAACUCAAAAGUGUUUUAAUGGAUAAAGGCACCCAAACCUGUUUCAACAUUAAUGUUUUACAUUGAAACUUGUGAUAAAAAUUCGUAGCAUAUUUCCUAUGAAAAACUAUUAAAUAUCAUAUGUGUUUUCAUUUUCUCAAAGCUAUCUAGUUAGCGAAGUCCGAGACCCGGUUUCACCGCUAGCAACGCAUGGCCUGUGUGAAUAGACCUUAAGAGCCUAUACAUACGACGACAUUUACGCGUAGCAAAAGUUCAUUUUUAUUUACAAAUAAAAAGAAAUUAACCUAAUAUUUUAAAGCUGUCAUUCGUUCAUACAAUUAUUUUUAUUUUACUUUGUUUAUUUAUUCUAUUUUCGGAAUUCUGUUUGUCUCAUUUUAUUUAAAAUUUAUUUUAAACUAAAUUUUAGAAAAAAACGCGACAGUCGCAUUUGCAUUGCGUGAGACGCGUUUCGAUAAAGUGUCGUCGUGUUAGUUCUUAAAUAUGAUCUAUUGUUGUGGCAAUAAAGUUUACGCCUUAGCGCUUAAAAGACUGCAGACAUAAGACUUGUGUUCACAAAAUAGUGUUGGAGUUAUUUUUGUAUACUAGUUCGAUAAUGUGUUUAAUGUAAGAGUCCUUGCACACUUGCGUUCGACGAACGCAUGACGUCGCGACUAACGCGUACGAUUGAUUUACACUAGUGUGAAGAGUCCGUAAAACGGAAAUACAAACUCGAAAUUGUGAAGUAAAUGUGAAAAAUAAUAAAUUACGGUCUAGUUUGAAAUCUGCGUGCCGAUUUCGAGCUACAAAGAAAGAUUUUCCGAACUAGUGCGAUAAAGAAUAUAUUUUUUGUCUGGUGGAUAAAAAACCGAUUUUCUUUGAAUCAUAUUUUUUUCGUAGUUGUAAAUAUAUACUCUAAAGAGAUUAAACGUUCGGGUGUUUUAAACAUCCGUACAUUCCUUUGACAGUACUGUCUUCGUGCAAUGCUGUAUCGAAAAGUAUGCAGUUUUCAUUUGUGUAGACGAUAUUAAAUUAUUAUUUUGUGUACGUUUAAAAUUGUUUUUAUACUAGGUUGUGUAUGUAGGAAGCAAUUUAAUAAAUACUUGGGAGGUAUGAGGGUAACUUUGGUUUUCUAUGUAACAAAAAUUCUGUGUCAACAAAAAAAUUAAUAUUUUUUUUGAUCUUUUUCUGCAGAGCUAUUUUAUCAUUAUUUGCCAAACCUACAAAAAAUAAAAGUUAGCACUUUUAAAACUAACACUAACUAACUUGAGAGGUGAGAUUUGACUUUUGGUUUGUUUGUUAGAUACGAGUAGGCUCUGAAACUACUAGAUCUAUUUAAAAAAUUCUUUUCCCAAUAGAAAUUCACUAUAUCCCCGAAUGCGGAAACCACGGGGCGUUUGCUAUGUCAUGUAAAAAAUCUCAUGUCACGGUUUUUGUGGUAGCACUUCGGAAACGGAGGACCGAUUUUAACGAUUUUUUUGUAUAUUUUGUGAGUAUGAAAAUAAGUUUAAAAUUGGUUAAAAUCAUUAACUUUAUUAAUUUCUUUUUCUUGAAUAUGUUAGUUUAUUCAAGAAAAAGAGAUUAACAAAGUUAAUGAUUUUAACCAAUUUUAGGUUACAUAGAAUAACUAAGUUAUCCAAAGUACAUCCGUAAUAAAUACUUAAGUAAUAAUUUAAUGUAGCGAAAUAAUUAAUGCCUUUACUAGAUAUAAAUAUUAUAAUUAUUAUAUCUAUUAAUAUAGUUGUACUUAUCGAAGUAAAUUUCAAAUUAAUAAAAGCUUUUAAUAUA